CAACGGACUCUUCAACUAAAUACAGUGCAGGUUGUGUCUAACUAGAUAGAGUGUGGGUACUGACUGUCUAACUAGAUACAGGGACCAAGAUGUAUCUCCUCCUGAUCUGGACUCUGGUACAGCCGAUCUUCGCAUUGAAUGAUGAGCAGAAGAAAUUAAUUGUGGAAAAACAUAACUUUUACCGUUCUCAGGAGGAGCCGCCAGCUGCAGACAUGAUGACAUUGAAAUGGGAUAAAUCUCUGGAGGAACUCGCUAAAUCGUAUGCUGCUAAAUGUAUUUGGGAUCAUAAUCCAAACCGAGGCCACAAGGGGGAAAACCUGUUUUUGAUGUCCGGAUUUGGUCUUGAUGUAGCCCUUGGUUUGGCUGACUGGUAUCGCGAGCGGAACUUCUACAACUUCACUACAUUGGAAUGUGAAGAAGGACAGAUGUGUGGACACUACACACAGAUGGUGUGGGCCACCACAGAACGAAUUGGAUGUGGAGACCAUUUUUGUGAGACGAUUGAAGGAUAUGAUGAGCCUAAUGUUUAUUUUAUGGUCUGUAACUAUGAACCACCAGGGAAUUUCCAUGGCCUGCAACCGUACAAGGUCGGGGCUCCUUGCUCUAAUUGCCCCAGAGAGAGUACCUGCAACGGCUCGCUGUGCGAGUCAGAUAAAGACCUUGAAGACAUCAGUCAGUCUCCAGAUACAAUCGAGUCAGAGACCAAGUCUUACUUUUCGUCAAAACCCAUUGAGAGAGUCAAUGGAAUGAGCACAGAACAUGGACAGAUCAGUUCUCUACAGACCACAGACUAUAUUGAUCCAUCUCUCACUUUUCAGCCAACUGAUGGUGUACCGGAUCUUAGUCCGAUAGUGUUUGUAGAUUUUAGUCUAAGUACACAAGAUGUCAGUCUGACCCAAGUAAAGGGAGGGACAAUCUCUGCACAGUUAAUGGAAAAUCCAAUACCGACCCAAAGACCUGAAGACGCCAGCCUAACUCAAGCAAUACAAGUGGCUGAGUCAACAAAAAGUCUGGAAAAUACUAAAUUGACACAAAGUGCAGAAAAUGGUGGGAAAACUAAGAGCGCAGAAAGUCAUAUUAACCAGCUAAUGGAAACCUCAAGCCCACCAUUGUCCUUUCAGCUGGCAGUUACUGCUUACACUGAUUCUCCACUGACGGUCACAAAAAAGGAAAAGACAACGACUUCCCCUAACCCAUCACAGACCCCAUCUUCUAAAGACCAAUUAUCUCUCCUCAACCAAAUCUCAAAUGAGAAGGCCCCACCUCACUCACCUCAUAUACCCACAGGGCCAACUACGAGAAUCACAGAGGAGCCAAGAAAGAAAACGUUACUUCCUACAGCUACAUUGAUUCCCAAACUACAGCAGUCACCUCCAUCCUCUCUAAAAAAAGUCAAAGACCAGAAGUAUCCCCAGAAAGAUAGACCUGUAAAAGAUCCCCCAUACACUGACAUUAAGCCAAAGAUCAAUAAAGAUAAAACACUAUCUCACCAGUCCACUAAUUCCGCUAAAUAUGCACUCAAAGCAAGCAGCGUUACCAAGUCACAGAAAUGGGACAUACUGUCUAACGCCCCAGGCCAAACCAUCUUUGGCAUCCCUAUUUCCAGACCGCACAUCUACAGAAAGCAUAUCUAUAGACCAUCAUAUAGUCUACACACUUCUCCUGUUUGCCUUUAUCCAUGUGUCCAACAACCCUCCAAGCUUUCACUCAUGGCUCCUCUAUAUCGGAAAAAAUCACAGACAUAUUCUGCAGGACAGCAGAAUUUGUGGUCCUUCUACAAACCUUCAAAGAAACCCUGCCCUAAGAGACCUUGCAAACCAUCUGCAUACAAAACACUAAUGUACAGCAUGUAUCUGCCACAAAAUAACCCAUUGGACAAAAAGCUGGAGAAUGUAAACACUGUAGAAUAAGAGAACAAACAAAGAUGAACCGGCUGUUUAAAGAAGCUAAUUUGUUCCCAUUGUGUUCACCUCUACCUCCUAGUUCGCCCAGUGGGAUUACAAAG